AUGCAGGGGUGGCGGCAGUGCCUUGUUCAAGGCGGCUCUCGGGGUAUCGGGUUGGAGUUUGUCAAACGUCUUUUGGCCUUGUCUCAUGUGGACACGGUCGUUGCGACCUGCCGACGUCCCGAUGAGAGUGAGGAUUUGCAAGAGCUGCAGCGGCAAAACUCUGACCGCCUCCACCUCUACCCUUUGGAUUUGACCAGUGCUGCCAGCAUCAAGACAGCUGGCGAGACCAUUCGCGGUGAGCAUCAGGCGCCGUUCCACCUGGUCCUCAACUGUGCAGGCUUCUUGCAUUCAGCAGCAGACCGGCACUUGCCAGAAAAGUCCCUCCCAGAGCUUGACUAUCAGUUCAUGUUGCGCAACUUCCAGAAGUCAAUUGAUAGGAUGCCGGAAAUGAUUCCCCACUCACCGGCCCUGCUUGCGUCUAGUUUACUCAAGCACGACGAACACGCCAUUUUGGCCUCCAUCUCUGCUCGCAUUGGCUCCAUCUCUGACAACCGUCUGGGUGGCUGGUAUUCUUACAGGGCCUCCAAGGCGGCGCAGAAUCAGUUUGCCGUGACAUUGAGCCACGAAUUUCGUCGGACUCACCCGAAUGUUACGGUCCUUCAAAUGCACCCUGGUACAGUCGCCACCGACCUUUCCAAGCCAUUCCAGAGCAACGUCAAGUCGGAAAAACUCUUCACAACAGAAUUUGCUGUUGGACAACUACUGAGCAACGUUCUCAACCGUGCAGAAGAUCCCAAAGAGUUUUCUGGUCGCUUUUAUGCCUGGUCAGUUUUGUGA